AGGAGAGGGGACGGGAGUGGUUAGAGUAGAGGGGAGGGAAAAUGAAGGGCCUCCCUCACCGUUGCCAAGGCAACUUGAUGUCAUGGUGACAUCACGCACCACUAAAAGCUUUUAACCGGAUUCCUCUCCUGCCUUAGGCCCCAUUUUGAGUCCUCUUUCAGCUAGGCUAGGGGGAAGGGCACAGGCAGGACGGUGGUGUGUGUGCCUUCUUGCACGUAUCAUUCUCACACCUCACACAGCUCUUAGCACAGUAAAAGACUUUCAAAUCCAACCUCUAAAGAUCCCAUUUCUGCAAACACUGCCAGCACAAACCAAGAGAACCAUAAUAAUAAUGGCAUCAGAGGAUGGUUUCAGCUACCUAAUGCCAGGCCACAGUGAGAAACACAGGCGGGCCCCGAACUGGACCGAUGGUGAAAUGAAAGCCCUCCUGUACGUCUGGGAGGAACACCACAACGAACUGAAAAUGAGCAAGAGGAACGCCAAGGUUUACGAGAAGAUGUCGCAGAGGUUUUUCCAACUGACCGGAGAGCAGCGUUUCAAAGAGGAGAUCAAGAUGAAAAUCACCAACAUGUCUUUCCAGUACAGGCGACUGAAAUCCGCAGUUGGUGAAAGUGGGGACACGCCGGACUGGCCGUACUAUAAAGCCAUUGAGAAGAUCCUCUCCAAGCCGCUGGAGAACGGGCGGGUGAACUCUUUGGAGUUUCAGGCCUCCACUGCAGGUCCCUCCACUUCCUCCCAGUCUACAGACAACCUGGUGCCCCAGUCAGAGGAAGGGGUGAUGGGAUUCCUGCCAGAGUACACAGGCUCCUCAGAUGAGAUGGAGAUAAAGCAAGAGCUGGACUCUUUAAGCUCUGACAGUGAGAACACACAGGGCUCCAGCUCCCAUCCUAUUUUAUUCAGGAAAAGGCAUGCCAACAAGCACCUGUCCAUGAAGAGGAAGAAACUGCGGGUGAUGCAGGCCAUGCUACAGCAACAAAGGAGGUCGAGCAGAGCCAUAGAGGAGACGUGCAGGGAGGUCCGGCGAGCCAUGCACCAACAGAACCUCCUCCAGGUCCAGUGUCUGCAGCUGCAGGAGCGUAUGAUGAACCUUCUGGAGAAGAUGAUCCAGCCUCCCUCCGCCACGUCAGCGUCAUGGGGUCAGAGUGGGGUCAAAGACCCAGGGAAGCCAUGAAGUGUGUGGGUUAUGAUUGUUGGGAGAGAUCUUGGUCUUGCUCACUUAUAGCCUCUUUGAUGCAAAAAUAAAGUAUAUUUAUUUUUGAUUUCAGUUUAACGUUGAACAGAGAAGUACAAAAAUAUGCUGUUAUGAUUUCUGAAGGUGUCAUCAGCCAGAGUAUCAUUAGUGGAAAAUUACCAUGUUAAUAACCAUAAUGACAUAGUCCUAUGCUGGCACUUUAGCAUCGACAGUAAGUCAGGCUCCGAUGUUAUCAUUUCAAGGAUAGUUGUACCAGAUCUUCUUUCUUGGUAAUUUGUGCCCUAUUCGAAACACUGUGGGAACAACAGCCUUGCAAAAAUAGACUUAUCUUGUCACUUCAUUUUUGCACUGUGCCAGGAUAAUUAUAAGUUGGGACAGUUUGAUGCCAAAACAGGGUAAUUUGUAGCAUUAUGAACCAGCAGUUGAGGCAAUAAAACAAGCUAUUAUUGAGGGGGUUGUCAGCAAAUAGAAUCAUAAUUAACAAAAACUGCAUCAGAUUUCUUGUAAAAGGAAAGUUCACAACUCUCAAUUGUGUCCUUUUUGUGCUCAAUAGCAGAACAGUCAGUGUUAAGAAAAACAUGCUGGCCUACUGUCUCCUGCGCAAGAGACAGAAUUGCUUCCAACAUUGAUUUUACAAUGUCAUAUUGAUGUAGCUCCACAGAACUGACUGGAAAAGACAGAUGCCCCUGACAGUGGCCACAAUUAGUUUCUAAAAAUAAGGGUGAAUUUCCUGCUUUCAACUGAAAAAAAUUAUUCAAAGUGAAGCUUAUUUAGAUGUAACAAAUAAACUAGUUAGAUGUAAUAAAUACAUUAACUCAUUCUUCUUUUCAAAUCCAGCGUCUUCAAAAUUUGCGUCACUGUAAACACCCAUAUUCUUGGUCUGCCUGCACACCAACUGGACUGGGUAUGGUCAAACAAAUAACAUUUAUACAGCAUUUAAUCUUGGGUAGCAUUGUUCUUUUAGGAUUAGACAUACAUGCAAACAUCAAGACAGAAACGGAAAAACAUUUCUUUUCAAU